AUUGGUUUGAAGUCAGCGGAGUGAAGAAAGGAGACGGAGUAAAACGACGGAGUUUGCUGCUUAAACUCUCGAAACACUGACUUUCAGACGAUGUUAUUGCGAAGACAUUAGCGUUACAGGAUUAAUUUAGGUAUAGUUUAGCAUGAGAAACAAACUUUAGAGGUGAGUUGUCGGGGGGUACGCAGAGGUUGACGGGACGGUCCGCUGAGGGCUCAACAUGGAUGUCGGGGCUCUGAGGAGGAAUUAAGGCCAUUUCGAGGUUAUUUCUGGUUUGACUGGCGGAGCCGAGGAGGAGUUUAAGGAAACAGCCUAUCUACCAGGCUUAAAGAAAUCCUCCGUUUGUUGUUUUGGCUACAAGCAGCGAUGUCGAGGCUUUGGAGACGAGAUGUGCCGCUCUCGGAGAGGCUCGGCGAGGACUCUCCCCUGGUGGCAGCACCCAGUCUCCCCUUAACAUCAGCCCCGGCGGGUCCAAACAUUUCAUGGCUCCCUGAAGCCCCUCUGCUGACACCAGACCAGCCCAUCUUUCUCAUGACCCCGGCGGCUCAGGCUGUGUCUGGUUUCUUCGUCUGGACUGCACUCCUCCUCACCUGUCACCAGAUCUACAUGCACCUGCGUUUCUACAGCUCACCCAGGGAGCAGCGCCACAUCGUCAGGAUUCUCUUCAUUGUUCCGAUCUACGCCUUUGACUCUUGGCUCAGCCUCCUCUUCUUCACCAACGACCAGUACUACGUGUACUUUGACACGGUCAGGGACUGCUACGAGGCAUUUGUGAUUUAUAACUUCCUGAGUCUUUGCUAUGAAUACCUCGGAGGAGAGAGCGCCAUCAUGGCUGAGAUCAGAGGAAAACCCAUCGAGUCAAGCUGUAUGUACGGCACCUGCUGUCUGAGGGGAAAGGCGUACUCCAUUGGCUUCUUGCGGUUCUGUAAACAAGCCACACUGCAGUUCUGUGUGGUCAAACCACUCAUGGCUAUCAUCACUGUGAUCCUGCAGGCCUACGGCAAAUACAAGGACGGAGACUUCAACGUUGCCGGCGGUUACCUGUACGUCACCAUCGUCUACAACAUCUCCGUCAGCUUGUCUCUCUACGCGCUCUUCCUCUUUUACUUCUCCACCAGGGAGCUGCUCCGCCCUUUCAGCCCCAUGCUCAAGUUCUUGAUGGUCAAAUCAGUCAUCUUCCUCUCUUUCUGGCAGGGCAUGUUGCUUGCCAUCCUGGAGAAGUGCGGGGCCAUCCCUCAGAUUAACUCCGUGGAGGUGUCUGUUGGCGAGGGUACGGUCGCUGCUGGUUACCAGAACUUCAUCAUUUGCAUCGAGAUGUUUUUUGCUGCGUUGGCUCUGCGCCACGCUUUCACGUACAGAGUCUACAUGGAUAAGAGUAUGGAUUUACAAGGACCUGUCCUUACAUACGGAGAGUUUGGACGCUGCGCCCCCAUGAAGAGCAUAUCCAGCAGCCUGAAAGAAACCAUGAGCCCUGGCGACAUGGUCCAGGACGCCAUCCACAACUUCUCUCCAGCCUACCAGCAGUACACCCAGCAGUCCACGCUGGAGCAGGGGGCGCCGCCGCCCGUCUCCCGCACGCACGGCACUGUUGGAAGCCACGGCGACUCUGAGAAGACUUUCCUACUAAGCUCUGAUGACGAAUUCUAGAGCAACAACUAAUAAGACUGUUGUAGCGCCAGAUGGUACUUCAUCCUCCUGUGCAGCCAGUCCUCUUCAGUGAUUGGAGAGUUUGUUUUUUCUUUUCUUUGAGACUGAGGACGAGGACCUUCCUGCAGAGACAUUUCUGCACCCAUAUUCCUGAAGCAUCUUAGUCGGUGCUCACCCUUCAGGGGGGUUUUUAUGUUGUUUUUGUGCCAGAAGAUAAAGUGUUGUGUCCAUUUUUGGAGAGAGUGUGUGUGAGUGAGCCGCACUCAGGCAGACUGAAUCAUACUCGACUUUUGGCCUGGAAAGAUGCUUCAUUUCACAUUUCAGCUCCGUCACAUUUCUUUUGCUCUAAUGUGUCUUUCUCAGUGGCAAUAUGUUGUCCUCAUGGACGUUUGAAGUUAGUCUGAAAUGUAAAGGCUCUUUGGUUACCAGAUGUUUCCUGGUUGUGUUUAACAAAAAUGUUCCUGGUCAUGAAAACACUUCAGAAAGUAACACUUGAAUUUUCCUAAGAGAAAAGAUCCUUAAAGUUUGAUUUAAUUGUUGCACUUUGUAUAGAGAUUUUAAACCAAGAUAUGAAUUUACAAUAUCGAUGAAUGUGCUGAAAACUGAAGCUGUCGUUACUUCAGUAGGAGGCAUUGCAGGAAAACAGAUAGUAGUGAAAUAUAAAGUUAUAAAACAGAUGUUUAUCUGAUGUAAUGUGGAAUGUAAAGGGACAUCCUCACUGCAGGCUGGGGAUGGAUUUAAAGGGAAUCUCAUUUUAAAAAAACAUGGCUGAAUGUCAGCUCUGUGGAUCAAUGUUAUUGAUAUUAAUGGAGCAGACGAGAAGAGCAAAUAGAGCCGAUUAUAGAUCAUAAAGCACAUGUGCUGCAGCAGCCUCGUCUGCAGCAGCAGACUGGGCUGAGUCUGUUGGGAUUAAUCUGGAGUAAUUGGGGCAUUAUUUCAAUGGCUGGGAUUAAAGCUCGAGCUGGCCUGCUCUGGUGGUAGACUUCUGCAGACCGUGAUGUAGCUUAACUGGAUUGAGGGAAAACAGAAGACAAAUAUAGGUUAAGCUAACUUCAGCUGCCUUUUCUCAGUAGAGGAGAGUUAAACCUUUCCAAUGUUAGAAUACCUGCAUGAUCCAAAAGUCAGACUGAGAUUUACAUUGUAUGUGUGUUUAAGUAAACCUAAUGUUCAUAAUGAAUACAUAAGGAUGACAAAAGUCCGAUGGUAUAAAGCUAAAUAUCAUUCACAAACUUUAUGUUAGCAGAAUAAUACGGGACAUCAUACUCUGUGUGGUGUAAAGAGAAGUUAAAUCUCCUCUCAGCUAAAAAUAACCUGUGCAGUGUGAACGUGCUGCUCUCCCUCCUGGAAGUCUUUUUCUUUUUCUCUGGAAUCAUCUUCACCGCAGACAGAGCAGCUUUUUUCUUUUCUUUUUUCAUACACAUAAUUGAAGUUCUUGAGUCAUCUGAAUGAGUCAUAGUCAGACUGCCAACGUGUUUACUGUAACUACUUUCACUGCUCUGCUGUAGCUCUGUGUAAACACGAGGGGGCGCAAGCAGGCAGACUGCUCAAAGCACACUGUCAGCCUGCUGCACAUGUGACAUGCUAGUCUAAGCAGCAGUCUGCCACUUUGUUGUCUUCUUAUUGCUCGGUGUGUUUUUAACUGGUAAAUACAAGCCUAGCCUCAGACAGCUCUCUUUGUCUUUUUUUAUUUUCUGCUUCAGCCUGACAAAAUAUUGUUUAUAAACAGGAAGGGAGCCACGUCUGUGUGUGGAAACAGAGGAUUAUUUUUAGACACUACUGAGUGUUGUCUGGGUAAUUGAGUUUCUACAUUUUGACAUGGUUACAAACAGGAUUAUUUUGAUCCUGACUGAGCUUCAUCCAGCAGCACAUGACCCUGUAUCUUAUUAGAAUAAAAUCACUCGUUGCACUGUACACACAUGUUUGAAUAACAGCAUCCUAGGUACGCUUUAUUAAAUAUAAACAGCUACUAACUUUCAGGCUGGAAAUCAAGAUGAUACACAAACGGAUGCAGGACAGCAAACACAUGUCCCCUUGUCUGAUAUUGUAAUAAUAGCAAAUGACCGCACUUUGAAAUCCAUCACACACUUUCCAAGCCUACGACACUCUUCAUCCUCUCUGCUGUAUCAGGUGACAGGAGAAUAAAGUUUGGGAGAUACUGUAGGUUAAAGUUAAAUCAGCUGUAAGUGCUGCCUACAGAAGGAGUAGUUGUGAUAUAGUCACAUGUGCAUAUAUGUAUAUUGAAUAUAGUGAAGGUGGAGCUGAGGAGAAAAAAAACAACUUAGUUUUCUAUUUUCAUUCAUACAUUUUUUUAUUACAAUUCCCUCUCUUUUGUUUUUUUUAGUACUUUGUAUAAUUUAAAGCUGCAUAAUGCUGUUCUGUGUCAAAUGGAUCUGAAAAAAUAAAGAUAUUUAGACUGA